AUGACAAACUUAGAAAACAUCUGCGGUAAAUUUAACUCUUCAAUAGAGAAUAUGAAACUUAUAGUAUGUAACGAACUUCAAAGUAUAGAUACAACAAAAGUUUUGAACUCAGAUGCUUUGAAGAGUCUUAUAACAGACAAAGUUGGAGUUGUUGAAAGAAAGUAUAGAGACCAAAGAGUUUGUGAAAAUGUUGCAAACUUCGUCAUGGUUUCAAACAAUGCUGUUCCGAUGAAGUUAGAAAGUUCUGACAGAAGAUAUGUAGUUGUCAGAACGUCAGAAGCUCAUAUGCAAGAUACAGAAUAUUUUGACGACUUAGCAGAAACUUUGACAUCUGACUUUUACAACCACUUGUUCUCAUAUUUCAUGACAUUAGAUAUUUCUAAGUUCAAUCCAAGACAAAUUCCACAUACCGAAGAGAGACAAACAUUGUUAGAAGCAAACAAGAGUGUAUAUGAACUGUUCAUAGAUGAAACUGACUUUGAGUGUUUAGAUGAAAGGUCAUUGUACGAUUCGUAUAAACAGUAUUGUCAAGAAUAUGGUUAUAUGACAGCGUCUAAACGAACAUUCUUGGCAAAUGUCAAAAGUCUUUUAGACGUACAGAAUGGUGUAUAUACAAAGAAAAAUUUUUUCUGA